AUGGUGAGGGGUGUCGCCGCCUUCGGCUUCGCCGGCCUGUGUCUGGCCUUCGCCACCCUCGAGCUCUUCACCUUCCUGUACCCGCAGUGCGGUGCGGGCACGGGCACCACGACAUCCGCUGAAGCCCCUCUGCUCCACAGCGCGGCCGAGGUUUUGCCGCCGUUGGCUGCGGUGGUGGUCCUCUUCGUCGCCGUCGCGCUCAACUACCACCACUUGACGGGUCGCCGCGUCGUCGCCGUGCCCGUGGCCGGCGCGGGCAACGAGCGGCGCUCGAUCUCGAGGCUUGUCAUGUUCGCGCUAUGCGUCUCCGCUGGGACGCUCGAGUUCAUCGUGUUCGGGCAGGCCACCGGUGGUGGUGCGGAGGAUCACGGGGGUGCCCAAGAUCGCGCGCUCGCCCUGGCUGCUCUCCGCGCGCUGCCUGCCGCGGCGACGGGCACGUUCUUUUCGGGGAUGUCGCUCAUCAUCGUCGCGCACGUCCGCGCCGGCGGCGAGGGUGGUGGUACCGGUGCCGUUGCCAGAGACGAGCUGAUCCAGGGGCUCCUGCGCCUCCUCACCAAGGUCGCGGUCGGAGCGGCGGCGGCGCUCGUCGGCAUAAUCGCUAUGGCCCUCACCUUCUACGGCGCCAAGUAA